AUGGCCUUGACUCUUCUUCCCUCCUCUCUGUUGCCUGCCCCAGCGGCGGAUCUGCAGGUUAUGGAGAUUCCCAUCGAGCAGAUGGUAUCCUGCAUUUCCUCAAUGAGAUCAGCGCGGCAAGGAAAGGAUGCGGCGGCAGCAAAGCCCGGCUCGGCGAUUUCAUUGAGGCCGCCGACAAGUGCAACGGGAGGAAAUGUGCUGGGCCCGUCCUACCGCCAUGUCAAAUGCGGAAGAGGAGAUGGCGUGAUCAUAACAAGUUCGCUCUCUGCUGGCAGAGAGCACAGGAUGCGCGCAAGCAUCAACGUCCCCACGUCCAGCAUCCAACUUACACCCCGGCGAGCGAGGACAGCAGCGAGCGCCGAGAGGGAGAGCUUCGUGCAGCAGUGGACCUUGGGGCACGAUAACGCCGACAGAGACUCUCUACUCCCUCCUGCUCCCCCACUCUCCAACGAUGUUCUCUCUGCCCAGAGCUGCACGCACAGGAAGUACCUUUUCGUACGCGAUACUGCCACCGCAGGAACCGACGAUCCUCAACUGACUAGUCGUAGCCUGCUCGUGGUACGGAGGAAGAACUCCUUGCUCGGCUCUGGAAUCGUCCCAAGGAACCCCCUCUUCCUGAUGGAGAUCGGCAGGCACAUGGAGGAGGAUGGGACAUCAGCUCGAGCUGGCUCCUUCCCCACCUUCACGGCGAUAGUCUGCCUCCGACCCAGCUCCAGCGCACGUCAGGGCUGA